UGACAAUCCCCAUCUUGCCAACGGCUUUCUCGCCCUUCCUCCGGUGUCGUUGGCCGCGGUGGAGAACUCCCCCAUAAACACCGAUCCUCUAGGCCGACACUACAACACCAAAAGUACGCGAUGCGUGUCUAUGCCCCAACACCAAGAGUUUCUGCGCUGCAUUUCUUGCUCUGGGUCUUGACAGGGUGCACGGCCAGAGACUCCAACAACCUGCGUCCCCCGCGUUGACAUCCCCAUCAUCAACGUGUUUCUGUUUGUCACGGGCUCCAUCCUGCGCUUGGAGAAGAGCACAGGUCCGUCGUUCGUCCUUGCCGUGUCAUGGGGGUCAUCAUCUCCACUCUCACUGUGAAUGCGCCAAAGACGUCGUCACAUCACAAACGCAUGCGACAACAUGGCGACUAUUUCGCCGUCCCCGCCUCAAACGAUUGAAUGUGGAAACUCGAGACCAGUGGCCUGUGCCAACUGUCGUCAACGGCGGUCGUACUGCUCCAAGGAAAAGCCGACGUGUUCUCGAUGUCGAGACAGUGGCCUUCGCUGCACCUACGAGGAAACUAGGAAGAUCACCAUCACGGAGGCCUACCUGAGAGAACUCGAAGCCAAGGCAAAGGCCUAUGACGAGUCUGUCGCGAAACAGUCGCAAGCCGCAGCAAACACAAAGGCCCAUCGCAAUGCAACCGAAGAAAACGAAGAAGAGUUUGAGGAUGGGCACCCCUUGCUCGAGCCGUUCAAUCAGCUCAGCGUUCACAAACCGUCGACGAGUUUCAAAGGCCCCGGGAACUCGGACAACUUUUUGCGCAGUGUGAGAAAGCUUUCGGGCUUCUACGGCGACGACGGCAGUUUGGAUGCAAACACAAACUUCUACGAACCCAGCGCUUUGCCAUCGCGGCGGGAGAAGGCGAGAACACAAGUCCGACUACCGCCAAUCGACAUCGCCCGGCGACUCUUUGCCGCACAGUACACCUACAUCGGCACGAUCUUCGCUUUCACCGACCCCAAGGCCAAGUUUGAUCAAUCCCUUACCGAGGCAUAUCGCGGGCCGCCUGAUCCUUCCGACAGAGAAGCGUGCCUUUCCUACGCGAAAGUGCUCAUCAUAUUGGCCUUUGGCCAGCUGUACUCGGUCAAUCAGUGGGUCGACUUCAGGGGCCCGCCAGGUUUCGACUACUUCACUCACGCACUGAAUCUGUUGCCAGACACGCACGAAGAGGGCUCGAUCCUUUGCGUUGAGACACUGGCCCUCAUCGGAUAUUUCAUGCAAAACAUGAACCGACGUGAUGCUGCGUUCCUCUACACCGGCAUGGCUCUUCGUAUGGCCAUAUCGCUAGGUUUGCACCAUGAAAUCGGGUAUAGUCCAGUCCAGCAUCCAUUGCAAGGCCAGGAGGCGAGCUUGACAACACUGGAUGAUGCAACCCGUGAGCAUAGACGGCGGGUCUGGUGGUCCGUCUACAGCCUGGAUCGCAUCUUGUCGGUGAAAUCCGGCAACCCCAUCACCAUUCAGGAGGAGGAUAUCGGCGUGGACCUUCCUUCCAGACUGCCUAAAGAAGCAGAGUAUUGUCCGGCUGUGGUGUUGCGGCAUUACACCGAGCUCUCCCGGAUUCUCGGCGAAAUCCACAACACCAUCUACCGCAAAACAAGCAAGACGGCCCCGAAGUCUGGGAAACGCUUGAUGGCCUCGGUUCAGAGCAUCGUCCUGAGUCUCUCGAAAUGGAACCGCGAAUUGCCGGACGAGUUGCGCUUCGACCCUGCGCGCUUAAGCAUCAGUCGCGAGAGCGUCAGCACUUUCGCUCAUUACUACCAGUGUAUCAACAUGACCGCGAGGCCGCUGCUCUUCCAUGUCGUCCAGAAACGGUUACAGAGGAUUCGCAGCAGCGACGAUCCCGGAGAGAAGGAGCGGGACUGGAAAGAGGGAUUGUCGCAGACGACGGUUAGGGUUAUUGACAUGUGUAUUGGUGCGGCACAAGACUCGAUCAACAUCAUGACUGUUGCAGCGCAGAGAGACCUCGUCGCAACAUAUGGAUACAUGGACGGAGAGCAUGUCUUCUCGGCUUCGAUAGUUCUCGUCAUGGUUUGCGUUGCAUUUCCUACCGACGCUUCCAACAUCCUGGCCAUGAAUGCCGGGCUCGAUCUCCUGAAAGGGAUGGGAGAACGUGGGAACAGUUACAUGGGGGCCCGGUACGAGCUCCUCGCCAACCUGCGCCCUACUGCCAUGUCAGGAAACAAUGCCCAGCCUGAGCACUUGCCUCCAUUCCCGACAAGCUUCUCGCCCACGGGCUCGAUGAUGCCGACAGGGCCUGACUCCACACAGGUUUCCACCAUUCCAGCAACGAUGGGAGACGGCCACGGCAAUCUUACCACAAUGCAAGGGAUCAUCAGCCAGCGAGUGACGUUUCCAGUGGUUGACAACAGCUCGCUCGGCGAGCCCUUUUACGAUGAGAGCGUGAGCACGGUAAUGGACUUUGGGCUGUGGGAGGAGGGCUUCGCCGACCCAGCCAUGGACGCGAGCUUCGAUUUUUCGCAAUGGACACAAACGGCUGGCAUGACUCAAGCCGAUGAUAGGAUGGAUGUGUAACGCAUUUUACUGAGCAACAAUACCGAAUCAUAUUCGCAAGUUUGUCUGGGAUAUUGAACGAAAGAAUAACAGACUCUGAUUGGCGUGGUUUAUCUGUAUGCAACCGAAUUGUACUAUUCCGACGGGGGUCCUCGGGGCUGAUUGAGGUCAUGCAUGAGUCAACCCUCGACGC